AUGUCCGACACGGCAACGACAAAGUCCUACCAAGUAGCACUUCUGCUCUUCCAGGGAGUCGACAUGCUCGACGUCACCGGCCCGGUCGAGGUCCUUUCUCAUGUCUCGCACAGCCAGAGCCCAGCGCUAUCGAGUCAAACCUUCGAGAUUAAGACUGUGGCUUCCGGUGCGUCCGUAGUGGCGGCCAGCUCACUCCAGGUCGAGGUUGAUUUCCUGCUGGAGGAGAUCCGGCCUCGGAUCACUGAAUUCGAUAUGCUUGUUGUCCCCGGCGCUGCUCUUCCGAUCCUCCAGCCUCUGCUCGAGAGCGGCGCCCCCGAACUCGACCUGAUUCGGGCAUUCGCGGCCAUUCAGGCCCCGGCCGAACGGCCGAGAAUCCUCUUUUCUGUCUGCACGGGGGCCAUCCUGCUAGGUGCCGCCGGGGUACUCUCGGGGCUGACCGUGACCACGCAUCAUCAUGCCCUUGACACUCUUCGGGACAUCUGUGCCGGAGUCAAUCAUACGCGCGGGGAUUCUCCGCCCCGGAUUGUGCGCCGGCGGUUUGUGGACGGAGGUUGUGUGGCAGGAACCAAGGUACAGGUGAUUACGUCGGGAGGCAUCAGUUCGGGGCUGGACGCAACUUUCUACAUCGUGUGUCGGUUGACGACGGCAGAGACGGCGUCAUUUAUCUCGCGGGUCAUGGAAUAUGGAUGGAAGGAGCCGGAAGAUGGAGCAUGGCCGCCACGGUUUCAAGUGGCAUUGGAUUGA